AUGACCGCUCGCUUCCUCUUAAGUGUUGCUGUCGUUGUUGGUUUGUGUGCUGUUGUGCUGAGUUUUGAGGGCACAGCGACGUUUUACCUUCCGGGAUGGGGAGCGUGUGGAAAUGUCAGCGCCGAAGAUGAAAUGGUGAUGGCCGUCAGCAAAACGCAGUAUGGAGAGCAUCAGAGCCCCAACAAGGCGCCCGUCUGCAGCCAGUGCACUUUGGUCAAAGAUGUGGACUCCGGUGAGCAGGUCAAAGUCAAGGUUGUCGAUCGCUGCGAAGGAUGUGCCAGCAGCGACAUCCUGCUAUCCCCGGCCGCUUUCGAGUCGCUGGCACCCGAGGACCUUGGUCGAACACACGUCACCUGGAACUAUGUUGAGUGCUGA